CUUGCUAUUGGGACGCUACACAGCAACCUCGUGUUGCUGCUGGCUCCAAGCAGAGGCUCUGCGAUAUUACCGCCAUCCGUGUGUGACAGACGAUGAACGCCAACCGCCACACGCAGGGCAACCGCUCGCUGACCAGCCGGGCGCAGUCCAUCGCGCGCAUCCUGCGGGAGCAGCGCGAGAUGGCGUCGCACCCGAGCAGCCACUGGUACGCGGCGCCCAUCGACCUGGACGACCCCUACGAGUGGCACUUCACACUCAAGGGGCCGGAUGACACCGACUUCCAGGGCGGCAUGUACCACGGCAGGAUACUGCUGCCGCAGGUGCGUGUAACAAGACAGCAGAGUGCGUCGUUGGUUCACUCACUGUUUCUGGUCUGCUUCUUGUCGUGUCUGUCUUGUGCUGUGGUGAUGUCGCGUCGUCAGGACUACCCGUUUUCGCCUCCGUCGCUGUAUCUGCUGACGCCCAAUGGCCGGUUUGAGGUGGGCAAGAAGAUCUGCCUCUCGGCCUCGUCGUACCACCCGGUCGGUAGACGAACACACACACACACACACGCACACACACACACACACAUCGAUGGGCGGCCGCCGGAUAAAUGGAUGGGUGGAUGUGCACAGACAGAUCCACACGAGAGCAGACGGAUGCAUUCCUGUGUGUAUGUUGUGUGGUGUGUGUUUAGGAGUUGUGGCAGCCGGCCUGGGGCAUCCGUACCAUUCUCGAGGCGCUGAGGGCCUUCUUCCCCACACCGGGGGAUGGCGCCAUCCGGUCACUGGACUGGGACCCCCACAUCAGGCGAAAAAUCGCCAAGGAAUCGGGUGAGCGGAGGAUAGACGCACACGGCCCUAGAGCUGCGUGUGGAUGUUUGUGUGUGGAUAUGAUGUGUGUGCAGGUGGGUGGGUUUGCCCGGUGUGCAAGAAGAGCAACCGCGAGAUCAUUGAGAGCAAUUGCCCCGCACACGACACCGACACCGAGCGGCCGCCCGCACCGUGCCCCAUCAAAUUCUCUCACGAGCAGCAGCCAAACAACAAGAGCAACACCACAGCGGAAAUGGCAAAUGCCACCACCACCAGCACAUUAACCGAGCCAGCAGCCACGGAAGCAGCAGCGGCACCAGGCCCCUCCCCUGCACUCUCCGCCUCCCCGGCACCACCCACUGGGCCGUCGAGUGGGGGCCACCGGGUGCGUCGGCGGCCGCCGUCGUUGCACCGGGGCCCUGUGGUGUGGCAGCUGAUCAAGAGCUUCCGCGACAGUGUGCCGCGUACGCGGCUGGACCUGCUGGCGUGCGGGCUGGACUGCCUGAUGCUGUUUCUGCUGGGGUGUGUGGUAGUGCUGCUGAUAGAGCUCAUGUGGAGCCCACCACUCGCACCCAAGAUGGGCAGUGGCCAGAGUGGCGGGGCGGGGGCGGGGCUGGGCGCAAUAGACGAGCUGUGAUUGAUGUGCCUGGUGGGUGGAUGGGGCUGGUGGUGGGGGAGGUGGGGAGGUGACAGUGAGCCGAGUCAAUGAAUUAAGUGUGGGGUGUGGUGUGGGGGUGCGGUCGGUGUGAGAGAGUGGGGGCAUGGAUCUAUUGCUCGGGUCGUCAUGUGCAGAAGUGAGUGAGCGAUGGACGUGCUGGUGUUCAUUGCAAUAUGGGUCUCGUUCGUUCGUGUGCUAUCGACUCUGGAAAUUUGUCAUGCCGCUGUCGGAUCUUGUGCAGCAGCCGUUCAUAUGAUAUGCGGCUGUUGUACCAUGGUCACCGGCGGCCGUACUGGUUUCCAGAGUCAAAGUGCUGGGCAACGAGCGGUCGAUCGAUCUCAAGAAUGGCCGAUGCAGCGACGACUUGUCUGCAGAUCAGUUCUUCGUGUUUUGUUCUUUUGAGUGUUGCCUGCCGGUUUGGCCACACGUGACUGACGUGUGUGGGUGCGUUUGACAUCGUGACGUGACGUAACGGUCGGUUCAUUGUGCUGCGGCUGAUGAUCGACUUGUGUCCUCGUGUCUCGAUACAGAUGCACACACCACCUGCGGCCAUGUGGAAGGGUGCUGGUUGGAUGAUGGUUUGAUGGUCAUGACGUUGCCGACUCGAUCGGUCGACUCGUUGUGUGUAAUGUACAAAACUCUUAUUGACUCUACACACACGUAAGUACGCACACGCUAUGCAUGCCAGUGUUUGUCAACAGAAGUAG